ACGCUCCACGCUGGACUUCCUGCUACUGUAAAGCAGCGGCAAUUACAGUUGAACUCUAACACUCAGUGACAUAUGAAAGAAAGGCAGUGUAGUGUGUAUACCACUCACUGAUAAACGCACCCGACAUGGCUCUUUCUAAAAAUGCGUCCGUCGAAGGUUUUCCCAGUGAUUUUGCAUGGGGAGCUGCAACAGCUGCUUACCAAAUCGAAGGGGGCUGGGAUGUGGACGGUAAAGGCCCCAGCAUAUGGGACACUUUUUGCCACAGUAAAGGACGAGUAUUUGAGGAUCACACUGGAGAUGUGGCCUGUAACAGCUACCAUCUUUGGGAUGAGGACCUGAAGUGUAUCCAGCAGUUAGGUCUCACACACUAUCGUCUGUCCUUCUCCUGGUCACGGUUGCUUCCUGAUGGAACCACACGUUUGGUCAACCCACAAGGUGUAGCAUACUAUAACAAAGUGAUUGAUGACCUAAUUGCCAACACUAUUAUGCCCAUGGUCACCCUGAACCACUUGGACUUGCCUCAGGCUCUACAGGACCGUGGUGGAUGGAAAUCUCCAGAGAUUGCAGCUGUUUUUGAUUCCUAUGCUCAGUUUUGCUUUAAGACGUUUGGGGACAGGGUGAAGCUUUGGAUUACAGUGAAUGAGCCUUAUGUGUGUGCUAAAUUUGGGUAUGAGAAUGGCCUUUUUGCCCCAGGCCUUAAAGAACCAGGGACCUCCAUCUACCUCGUAGGUCACAAUUUGCUGCGUGCCCAUGCUAGAGCCUGGCAUAGCUAUAAUGCCAACUUCAGAUGUCUGCAGGGAGGAAAGGUGUCCAUAGCUCUUAACAGUGACUGGGUUGAACCUUUAAACCCAUGCUCUCCUGAAGAUGUGGCUGCCAGCCAGCGAUACAUGGACUUUAACCUGGGCUGGUUUACUUGCCCAGUGUUUGGCACAGGGGACUAUCCAGAGAAUAUGAGGAGCAGGAUUGAGGCCCAGAGCCGUGAACUAGGAUAUACUGAGGGGCAGCGCUUGCCUAAGUUUUCAGAGGAUGAGCCCAAGCCCUUAGGCACAGCAGAUUUCUUUGCACUGAACUACUAUACAUCACGCAAAGUGAGGGACACCAGCUCUCAUCCCAGUGAGUGCAGUUUCGCAGGGGACCAGGGAGCAGAGGCUAUAAUAGAUCCAUCAUGGCCAGUGUGUGGCGUGUCCUGGCUUGCUGUCGUGCCUGAAGGAUUGCGCAAGUUGCUAAAAUACAUAAAGGAGACUUGCAACAACCCUGCCAUUUAUAUCACUGAAAAUGGCUUCUCACAGAUUGGUCCUGUUGAAUUUGAAGACAUUGAUCGCUGCCAGUUUUAUCAAGAUACACUUCAGCAAGUAUCAAAAGCUAUCACAGAUGAUCGAGUGAAUGUGAGAGGAUAUUUCGCCUGGUCACUUCUGGAUAACUUUGAGUGGUCAGACGGCUUCAGUGUGAGAUUUGGCCUCUUCCAUGUGGACUUCUCCAGCGCUAAGCGAAAGCGCACAAUGUACCGCUCUGGAAGAGAGUAUGCAGCUUUAAUAAAAAGACACUGUACCUAUACCAAGCUGGACAACUGAAAUCAGCACUCUGAGAUCUAUACUUGCCACUACAUUUUUUAACACUGAAUAGUGGCAGCAACAACUAUAUAUAUAUAUAUAUAUAUAUAUAUAUAUAUAUAUAUAUAUAUAUAUAUAUAUGAAUGAAUGAAGUAUGAUAAUUUUGCUUGUAGAGGAGCUUUUACAAUAGCCAGUAACAAAAAAAAAUAGUGUAAAUUAUUAUUUGUUUAAUCUAUGAAAAAAAAAAUAUAUAUAACGUACUGAGCAGUCUUGGGCACCCUUUUUUUAGUAUGAAUUGUUCAAAAACCUUUCACAUUUCCAAACAUUACUUUUCCAACAGAAAAUAAAUGUUAAAUAAAAAUGUUUCAGUAAACACAGCAACAUAUAACAUAAUGAAGGCUGCUGCGUUUUGCAAAAACAAAGCAAGCCAGUCUCCAGAAGAUCUGUGGCAGAUUCUCCAAGAUACUCAGUAAAACAUACGAGCUAAUUUCCUCAUAAAAGUGCACUAAUUGUACCUGAGGCUACUAAUAAAAAAAGUGCAAAGUCAACAAUA